CUAGACCCCUGCCCAACUUGACCUGUUGUAGUGUGGGAGGACAAGUAGGUAAAGGUUCAGGUAGGAGUGCUCCUCUGCACUCACUGUAUUGUCAUACAACCUCUCGUCUCGUAGCUGGAACAAGAAGUAGUCCUGAAUAGCAAAUAAGAAGACAAAGGCCGACGAUGAUUUUGACCCUCCGGUCCUUGCUGAAGCGCCCGGCGGUUUUAGUGGUAAGUAUUUACUUUUCUUAUUUGAAAUACGACUGCGACUCUACGUCCACUCGACUCUACCUUGUUCCGCAAUAAAAUACGUUUUCCCUGCGGAUAGUACAUUUGUUUGUUUGAUGAUGUGUGUCAUCUUGUUCUACUCUUUCCGUCGAUUCGAAAGUCUCUCACUCAAUGACCGCUCGCACACAGGUCGCAGCCGAGCUAUUUAUCCUGUUUCUCUGGGCGGUGCUGGUCAGUUAUCCUCCAGAAAAGUAAGGAUGGCGUAGUGGUGCCAUGAUUGGAAAGUAAUUGCCUAUGCAGUUUUUUUUUUAGCAUGGCAAAGAGUUGUUGGCUGUUCAGCAUGUUGACAAUUUUUUUGGCCGCCUCUGGUCCCGUCGGUCUCCACGACUUAGUGUGACAGGAAAAUGAUGCGUCUCAUCUUUUGGUCGUCGUUUAUUUGCAAACGUUUUGAUGUUUACAGGAAACGAAAAGAAACAAGAACUGAAAUUGAAAAAAUCAAUUUUUUUCAAUCAUCUUGUGUGACUGUACUUCUACUUUUCUGUGUGAUAUUAGUUUCGCGUUUCUCGACAUGAUGGCGACAGAGGACAGCAGUGCUGCUGGGGGCCGAUCCGAAGGGAGGAAGCACGAGAAAACGUCGUACGAAGGAAGUCCAAUAACAGAUCCGCAAGGUCAUGAAAUGAUCGUGAAUUUGCAAAUCCAGGAACCACAACCAGCUGCCACGGACGCUUAUGAAGAACAGCAGAAGUAUCGCACUAGCGUAUAAAAACGCAUGACAAAUUUUCUCAGCAUGAGGAAUGGAAUUUGUAAAUGCGGAUUUACCUCUUACAAAAGAGAUUUGUAAUGCGUGACGACUGCAAUUAGUUUUAGUAUGAGCGCGAUGCUUUUUCAGUGGAUAACGCUGUUGACCAGAUUUUUCUCCCGACGAACAUGUGGUCGGUAAUCGCGGAAGCGGUGAGGAUAUCCAAAUGUGUUUGGGUCUGGAAAAGUAGAGCUUGUAUUGCGUAUCUAGCAUUCCUGAAAAAUUUGUGUUGCAUAGCCAGCAGAAGUUUUUUUUGGCCUUUUUGUCAUGUAAGGACGCAGGAGUUUGUCAUGCGUGCUACGCAUGAUCACACGGCGUCAAAUAAACUUGUCAAGCUUGGCUGCCCUUGAAAACACCAGGCUCAUCCAUGCUUUAGCAUCACAAGUUUCCAGACCCAGACAUAUUUGGAUUUGAUGGAGGAGAACGUGGUCAGGACUCCAUUACGACUACGUCGCCAGCUAUCGUAUAGAAGAAACUGUUUCAUUGAUGGAAACUUGUGAUGUAUAGAGUGUAUCAACACAGAACAAGCAUUUUUCUUGCUACAUACGCAUGCAAGACAGUGGAUAUCAUUUAGGCGUGCUUCCCUUCAGGAAAAUGAAUCUCGCAUGGCAAGUUUUCUAUCUCGUGUGUGACGAUCGAACUUGUGAUGCAAAACUCGCAGAAUGAUCCGUACAGAGAUUGCAGUUUUUUCAUGCGAUAGCAGCGAGGCAAGCGGCGUUGCUUGUUCCGGCUCUACUGCGCUAGAAAGGACGUUGCUGAAUAAAACCUAG